AUGGCCAAUCAGGAUGAAAAUGUUGCUCAAAUUUUGCAACAAAUCAAUCAUCAUGUCCAAUUCUACCAUCAAAAUCCAUCAUCCUCAUUUCAACAAUUUCAUCAACAACAUACUCAAUUAUUACAUCAACUAUGGGAUCUACGUUUAGUGUAUGUCGAUCGUCCACUUAGUAUCGUCAAAACUUUACUCAACAUGUUGGUAACAUCAAUCAAGAAUGGCAUCGCAUUAUCCCAUUGGUGGGUCUAUCCAACAUUACAUCGUAGUCGUCUCAUUAUACUCGAUAAUCUCUUACAUCAUAAUCAAUUAGAUUGGUACCAAUGCCAUGAUAUCGUCCUACUAUUACAACAAGCUAUUGCUAAUUGUAAUCGACACAUUUGUAAAUCAAUACGCCAUCUUUCUCCAGUCAUACCUUAUUACUGCAUCAUGAUGGAAUUGAUCUUAAUGAAGGAUUUACUGACGGACCAAUCAUACGUUCAUAAUGAUUUUAUUAUCCAUUUAUGCCGUAGCUAUCAUAAAUAUCAAGAUUUACUCUUAUUAAACAAUGAUUCAUUCUUUCUCAUUGAAUACUUGAAAAUUUUAUCUCAUCCUGGUAAUACCCAAUUUAAAAAUUGCUAUAUUGCUUUAGAUAUGCUUGCAACAUUGAUACGCUCCAAUCAUUGUACUAAUCCAAUGAGAGAAAUUGCUUACUUUGGUUAUGAAUCCAUUCAAGCAUAUUGUUGCCAAGAUUAUUUAGGCUUUCGUGACAUCUUUUUAGCCUAUAUUCAAAAAGCUACUCAUUCAAGAUGUUUCGAUAUUAUAUUGCAAAAAUGGCUAGAAGAAUGCCGCUCUAUUAUAACUGUUGAGAACAUGUCUGAACGAAUUAAAGAUAGUAUCAAACAUGUAUUAUGUCAUCAUCAACAAUUCUAUUCCACCCGGAUCUCUGAUUAUUUCCAUCAAGGUAAUCUGGAUAUGCAAACAUUUUUACAUCAUAACUUAUCAGAUUUUAAUACUGUCGAUCAUCCUACCAUCAAAUCAUCAUGCAGCGUAACUGAUCAAUUACCUUUGUUGCACACCAUCACUUUUCCAAUAGCUACUAUCAUCGCUCUACCAUCCAAUCAACCCAAUGAUUUAAUAAAUCGCCAUUCGUUAUUACAAGAUAUAACCGAUCGUUUUUCUUCCAAUAUAUGGAAAUUAGACAAAAUCAAUCUAGUAGCUUUGAAAGGUAUCAGUGGCUGUGGUAAAUCCUGUAUUGCCUUAAAUUAUGCUAGGCAAUAUCAAAAGCAAUACCAACUUAUUUAUUGGUUCAAUGCUGAAACUGAGAUUGCUGUUCAAAAUGGCAUCCUCAAGUUAGCCUAUGAUCUAUAUGAAUGUGCUCUAUGUCAUGGCUAUACCCACACACGAGAAAUGAUGCGAUUGCAACGAUUACUAGAAAUAUAUCAACAAGCUUCUAGCACAUACGAUAAUAUCUUAAUUGAUACAAUCAUUAACAUUAAUCGAGAUCAGUAUCAUACUAAUUUACAGGUUAUGAAAAAAAUUAUCUUGGCUACAUUUGACAUAUUAAAUUUCCACUUUAAAUAUUUGCUAAUUUAUGAUAAUGCCUCUGAUCAUGUUCUCCUUAAUCCAUAUCUACCGACUAAAGGCCAGGGUAACAUCAUUAUUACUACUCCUAAUGUGCGUUGGCCAAACGCGAUGAUUAUACCUUCAUUUGAUAGGGAUAUGUCGCUCCAAUGUAUCACACAAUUAUCCGGCCAAAACGAUUCUAUUUCAGCCAAUAAAAUUGCUGAUUUAACUACAGACUUACCCCUUGCAAUCCGUAUGACUAUAGCUUAUCUGACAGUCAAUCAACUAUCGUUAAAAGAGUUUAUUGAAAUAUAUGAAAGAGAAUCUUGCAAAAUUACAGUCGAUAUCUUGUAUAGUAAUCAUCAACAACACAAUCAUAACAGUCAUACUAAUAAUGCUACUCAAGAUAAUGCGCAGAUACAUGAUCAAUUUAAUCCUUACAUAGCAACUUUAUGUAAUAUGAUGCUGACUAAGAUCACCGAUCAUCAGUUUUUAAUCAAUCCUAUAUUGCAAUUUAUGAUGUAUAGCUCAUCAGAAUUGUUAAGCGCAAGUCUGUUAGAAGACUAUGUCAAUUAUAAAUCCGAUUCUCCCGAGUUAUUACAUAAGCCAAUUCAAAUAUUACUCAAUUAUGCUAUUUUGAUGGAAAUCAAUGGUGAUUAUACCAUGCCUAAUGUUAUCAAGCAAACACUUCAACAUUUGUUUCGAUCCAAGGAUGUUCUCGAUAAUAGUGUCUUAAAAUUUUUCAAUCAACAAAUGGAUCUUGACUACUUUGAUGCAUUAUGUUGGAAACGUUGGAAAAUCAUUGCUAGUCAUAUUGAAACAGCUUUAUUAUUCGUACGCGAUAGCAAGCAUCAAGCGAAUAUUACCGCAUCAUUGUAUUGUAAAUUGGGUAAAAUUUACUUCUUAAAUGGUAGCUUCAAUAAAGCCAACUCUUUCUUUAAGAAGUCCUUAGAUGUGUACGUUUCUUAUUAUGGUGGACAUAGUCUAGAUAUUGCUUCAUAUAAAGGCUAUAUUGGAUUAGCAUGUUAUGCACUUGGUAAAUAUAACGACGCUGAAGAUUACUUAAAAACAUCUUUGGGUAUAUUGAAGCAGUUAGAUGAUGAGCACUAUGUUGACCUCGCAGCUGUUUAUAAUCGUCUAUCGUUGGUCCACUUUGCUGCUAAACAAUUUUCUGAGGCAGCUAACUAUUGUGAUCUGGCCACACAAAUAGUUAUGAAGCAUUCAGGAGAAGAUACAAUCGAUUAUGCUGUGUGUUGCCAUAACUUGGGUUGUCUUUAUAGUGAAAUGUACGAUUACUAUAGUGCAUUAAAAAUGCAUAAGAAAGCAUUAAAAAUAUUUCAGUUACGAUUGAAAAAAGUUAGCUUAUGGACUGCUAUCACUCAUAAUAGCAUUGCCGCUAUUUUAAAACAAUAUGGUAAAUACGAAAAUGCAUUAAAGCAUUACGAUGAUGCUUUAGAUAUUAGUAUAAAAUUAUUUGGUUUACGAAGUCAAUUGGUGGCUGAUUGUUAUAAUAAUAUUGGCAUGAUAUUAAGAUGCCAAGGUCGAUAUGAUGAAGCGCUAGACAAUCACUGGAAUGCAUUACAGAAUCAAAUUGUAACAUGUAAAGAAGGAAGUCUUGCCGUUGUUAAAAGUUACUGUUACAUUGGUAAUACUUACUGCGCGUUGGGUAAGCAUAAAAUUGCCACGUCCUAUUUUAAACGAGCAAAAGCCAUUACUAAUAAAUUAAAUCAACGGCAAACUGAGGAAUAUGCUGAGAUUUGCGGUUGUCUUGGAAAUAUUAAUGGUAUGCAAGGUAAAUACAAUCAAGCUGUAAAUCAUUAUCAAGCGGCAUUAAAUAUUUAUAAAACGAAUUGUGGUGAAAACAGCUUAAAGACUGCCGCUAGCUAUAGUGGCCUUGGAAUGAUAUUUUGUUGUCAGCGAAAAUUUGAUGACGCAAUUGAUCAUUUAAAUAAAUCGCUGGAUAUCAAAAUUCGUUUAGUUGGUGAAGACAGCCUAGAAGCAUCUAUGGGUAAUACUAAUCUUGGCUACGUUAGUAUUUGCCAACUCAAUUUUCAGCAAGCUCGUCAAUAUCUAGAAAAGUCGUUAGAAAUUAUAUUGAAAAUCCGUGGUCAAUGUAGUCUCGAUACAACAAUUGUAUAUGAUAACUUGGCUUUAUUUUUUAAAGCUCAAAAUAAGUACGAUGAUGCUAUCCAAUAUUAUCAAAAGUCAGCAAAAACUAGAAAGAGACUCUUUGGAUUAUAUCAUGUUACCAUUGCUAGAAACUAUUACGAUUUAGGCCGGUUAUACAAACAGUCUGGUGAUCGAUUAAAGGCGUCUGAAUGUUUCAAGGCAGCGCUUGAAGUUUGUUCACAGUGCAUUGGAACUGGCCAAUAUUUAGGCAAGAAAAUUGCCAAAGCUUUAACAUUUUAG